AAACCUUUUUGGGAAACAAGCCUUCUAUUAAAUGAUAGGUAGAAGGGAAUCUUCUGUGGUUUGGCUUUUACCAUGUUUUCUUGCUUGCUUCUGAAACAGAUCCUGUUCAUGAUAUUAACAGGUUCCUUCACAUCAUGCGCUGAGACUGUUAUACAAGGAAAAGUGGGUGAAAACAUCACUCUACCCUGUCAUUAUUCAGUUGAGCAAAAGGGACUCAUAUAUACUUGUUGGGGAAAAAGUUGCCCUCCAAUAGGUCGUUGUUCCAAUGAAAUCAUCAGCAUUAAUGAAAAGCUAGAGAUAGAUAGGCAAUCCCAAAAAUACCAUCUAAUGGGAAAUGUUGAUCAAGGAGAUGUAUCUCUGACCAUUGCCAGCAUAACAAAAAAUGAUGUGGGACCAUACUGUUGUCGUGUGGAGAUACCAGGCUGGUUCAAUGAUGAGAAAAAGCAUUUUAAAUUACUGAUCAAGGAAGCAUUGCUUCAUACAACCCCUAUAUAUUUCAGUACUUCUAAUUUUGUUUCUGAACCAAGAUGGGCAUUCACUACUGAAUCUCCGCUCGAUAAUAUUUCAUUACAUAUGCCUGUAAUGGCAAAGGAGCCAAGGAAGAAUGAACGGUCUUGGAUAGCACUGUACAUUGGUAUUGGAACAGGUGCAGUUCUACUCAUCAUUAUAAUCCUGCUAAUUGUAAAAUGGUAUCUACACAAGAAGCAGAAGAUAAUUAAUUCUACAAGUCAGGUAGCAUUUUCAAAUUCAACAGCUGGAGGGAUUCAGCAUGUCCUCAGAGCUGGUGUCCAAGCGCCGGAAAAUAUUUAUGACUGCAGCUGAAGAAUCACGUUAGCAGAAUCAUGACAAAGAAGGCAUUCUAUUUGGAGCAGAAUAUUUAUCAAAGAGAUCAUAUAAAAGACAUAUAUAGAUUCAAGCUUUUGUAUAUACAGUAUUUAUGAGCAUCAGUUUAAUCUACACAGUAUAAGACAUGAUACUGUCUUCCAAUCUUGCUGUAGAAAUCUUGUGCUUUGUUUAGCAUCUGUCCCUAUUAAGCUGUGCAGGAGAAGCUGACCUGAACUGCCAGCUUCAGACUAUGCUAUAAUAUAUAGUUCUUCCUUCUCCUGAUGAGACAUGACACAAAGUCCUAUGGCCUUAUUUGUCAUCCAUCUGCUACAGGGAGAGACAAACUGUGUUUGCUCUUUGCUUAUUUGGUUUCUAUCACCAACUGAAAUUCAGUGAAAGAAAAAUAGGUAGCCAUGUGAUAGCCGCUUAUUCCAAAUUAUGAGCUCAUGUUUGGCUCUUGUGACCAUGUGAAGUAGUUACAUGCUGACUACUAUAUUCUCUUUUGAGCAUUUGGAUGGUAUAUAGAAAUAUUGUAAUACAAUGCAGAUGGACUUAGCCUCAGUUGGUGUUUUUGGACAUAGGUACAAGUUUAAUAAGAGAUCUCUUCCAUUAUUAUGAAAUCCACCCACAAUCUUCUAGCGUUUGAAGGAGCAAUGAUGUAUAGGGGAUGUCCACCUGUUGCUUCCUAUCUAUGACCAUUUUCCAUGUGAACCCUGAUUGAAGACCCUGAUGGUACGCAACUGUGUGAAGACUAUCUCCAAAUAAUUGCCUGCUACAUGAGGAAGAAUAAUGUGAGGGGAGAAGGACUACUAUGUGCUAUUUGCUCCUCCUGAACAUAAUUCCUAUUUACUGAAUGAGGCAAUCUUGGCAUGAAAUAAAUUUCCUGCUACAAAUCAUGUGCAAGCUUUACUUGCUGCAUAAUUUUUGCCAAAAAGCAUAUUGUAAAGCAGAAACAUGUAUCAAAAAUGAAGGAGCUAGAGCAACUGAGUUUUCAGAAAAGCUGCAAUAGAUGAGGAAUUGUAGCUUAGAAAAAAUAAGUAAAGUAGAGGGGUCAUUAUUUUGGUGGAUAAAAUUAUGCUCAAUUUUAUGUGGUAAAAAUGAUAUAUAUUCUCUCUAUCUUAUAAUAUGGAAUUUGAGAUGAUCAGUGGUUACUAUUCAUGAUAGUAGUUGCCUACAUUAUCAGAGGCAGUGUUCCAGCAAAGCUCUUGGCCUAUUUUUGACAGAAAAUAGUAUGGUUUUAGAUUUAAUAUGAAGGGACAAAAUAAUAGAAACAUUUGAUACUGUUACCAAAUGUUUCUAUAUUUCCUCAAGACAAUUCUCAGGCAUUUCCUAUUGCUUCUCAAUGUAACUCAACUCAAUGUCCAUCAGUUAUUAUACAUUCAAGAGCAAUUUAUGCCUUCUGAAUAGAGUGUGCUGUGUUUCUCCCAUCUAGGUUGUUAUGCUAUCUUGCUCACACUGAGUGUUACUCAUUGGCAUAUCUUGCUUUGUCUCAUCACUUACUGUUCCCUCAUUCCUGUGAGCCAGUUUUGCAAAUGAAUGUAAAUAAAUCUUUUUUUUUUUAAUGCUUUGCUUACUGGGCUUUUCAGAACAAGUAUCUACAGUAUAUUACCAUUACAAGAUUCUGUUAACAAAAUGUACCUGAUGAACAUCAGUUCAACCUUUCAUAGUACACCAUUUUUCCUUUUACAGAUCCCAAAAACUUCUAUAGAGUUCCCAAAGGCUUUCUGAUCUGAGUUGACCCAAUCUCCUUUGAUUUCCACCAAAUUCUUGAACCAGAUCAACACAGAGUUGCAGAGGCAUUGCCUCCUAGAAUAGGAGAGUGUUCCCCUUAUUCAGGCCAAGGGCUACAUGUAAUAUAUCCAGAGGACUGAGGGCUGCAAAAUAGAUGAAACCCUCUGAUAUUUGGGUGGAGUGGCUUUUUUGAGAGUUGAGGGGUGAGUUCUUUGUUUUUUAGCAAUGACAUGCCUACAUAUCACAGUUUCCCAUUUCAAGAUAGUAAGAAAAUGUGUAUCACUUUUCAAUAAUUAUGGCCAUUGUUGUCCUGCUGUGGAAUGGGGACUUAAGGAUCAAGUGUGGUCAUGAGGUCACAAGUUGCCCUGCCCUAUCCCACCACCCAGAUUAUAUACUUGAAUUUAUAAUGUUUUUCUGGAUUAUAUGUCUGCAUUUAAUUUGUCAUUCUAUUAACCCUUCCCAAUGGAAAUACGCUUUUCUUUCCACUGUACAUAGUCCAGAUUUUUUUUUAGAUUUGUCAUUCUUUGAUACCUAACAUUAACAUGUGUUAGUGAUGCUAUUAUAAUUUCAGAUGAUGUUCCUGUCACACUUAUUGUUCUAUCUGAUGAAAAAUUAUGUAUAUUCUUUAAAUGGUCACUGAAUUAUCUUUG